GCUAAUCAAGCUGAACCGAGCCAAGCAAUCAACACAGAUACUUCAUUUUCUCCGGCAUGUUACAAUAUGGCAGGUAGCCAAACUAGAAGAAAACCAAUGAGAGCACUUCAUGAGGUAUUCUGUGGCAUGACAUCUUGCUAAUAAAUGUUUCCUGUCUUAGAUGUCCUGAUUUUUUAUCCCAGUUGCAAAAACUGCAUUUAGUAGCCAAGAAGGCAUCUUAUGUGAGAGAUCAAGGCUAUAAGUCCGUUGUAUUUUCUUGGCAAGAUUGUGGUUUUUCUUCACCUGUCUGCACAUAGUGUUGUGAUAGGCUAUUUUGAUUGGUGAUGACUUGGCCUUGCAUAUCUGGGACAUGCUACAUCCAGGUGAGAAGGAUCUUACACAAGAGGGAUUGGAGCACUGGGUGCAAGCCACCUACAGUCAGCAGCAGUGUUCCCUCUAGUUUUUAUAAUUGGUGGGCGGAAAGCGUUUUGUCCUGGGCAGCAGCAUCAAGGCAGUGUGUGCACAUAACACACACAAGCACACAUGUAUGUUAAUAAGUAUUGCAAAAACCUUCACACACACACACACACACACACACACACACACACACACACCCCAAACUUUUAGUUCACUUCUCCUCUGGAAUGAAGGGUGUGCGUUCACAUAUCAGCCAGAUUUACUCCAAAGUCCCUGCCAGCUAACGGGGAGCACUCCAGACACGAUUAAGGUUUUUCAUUGCGCAUUAUUGCGUAGCCUGAUUUUUGUCCGGGUUUAAAAAAUCCAUUUUUGGUGUCAGGUGUUUUUUUUUUUUUUUUUGCAAACUUGCAGUAAACCCAGUAAAGCCUUCUGUCUGGAAAUGCUCCAGUUCAUUCUGCCAUUGUCAAACUAAUCUUCCUCCUCCCCUGCCCUUCCCUUGUCUGUCUUGUCUUUUUAGUUUGCAAGCCUGAGAACAGGGCCCACUUCUCAUGUUUUUAUUAAUAUGUGUCACUUUGGGAGACAAUAUUUUCCUGAAAAAUGGGGCAAAAUACAAGUUACUGAAUAUGGGAUGUCAUUGUAAUAAUGUUUGGGUCAGCACUUUUUGCACUACUGGAUCACACACACACACCCCUAGAGGAUCAGAUGCCUGUUUGGCAGGGCAAAACAAAUGAGUGUUUCAUUUCUUAGCUUUCAAUUAACACAAUAUUUGCAAUACAAAUGUAUCACUGAGGGAUGUGCAAAUCCCACUGGUUACAGUCUAGAAGCAAUAUGGAUUUACAGUACUGGGUUCUUCAUCUAGAGCUCUACUAGCUUCUGGCUUGCUAUUCUGCAUCUGCAAACACAUUCUGAAGAGGUGAACAAUGUAGUAAAGAGAAACCAAGAUCACUAUCUGUCUCCAUUGACCCAUAUGAUUAAAAUGGCAACCUACAGAUCUGUUUAGUGAUUCUAGACAUGCAUAAGGACUGGGUUCUGCACCUGCGCAGACCAUGCUUCGGAUAGAAUUUUCUAGCUCCUUGCAACGCCAAACCGCCAGCAGCACGUGACUGCAGUACCCUUAAGUGGCGGUUAGGCGUCCACUUCUUCAGUUUCUUGCUGACCGCCUCGGCGAUCGCGUCUUCGGAAACUACAGCUCCUCAGAAAACAAUUUAUAUUUUGUUAGACUGGCACAGACUUUGACUAGGCACGGACACUGACUAAUCUUUUCGCCAAUCCUUGCGCUACGAUGACGGAUUUAGUUUUUAAAAAACUAUAUUUUACGGAGACAACUUGGAACGGACGACGGACCUCUCUGGCUAACGACUCAGAAUGGAAAAUGGACUUCUCACUGGUAAUACCCCCCUCCCCCCUCAUAGCUUUCCUAUGAGUGUGAAGAAGGAAAAGGCGAGGGAAAAGACCAACUUUAAAAGGUGCCGCGAUUGCUGCGGAAAGAUCCCUUCCAAGGACAGGCAUGAACUCUGCCUAUUCUGUUUAGGAGACGCCCAUAAUACUUCGAGUUGCUCUGUCUGCUCUACCUUCAACAAGCAGACGCUUAAGAACCGUGCAGCCCGCCAUAAAGUGGUGUUGCUGAAGCAGGCAUUACAGCCUAAACGCCGAGAGACCUCUGAGUCGAGACCUGCAGGUAUGCAGUAUAAAGUCUCGGAGGCAGCGUCCACCUUGACGUCGGAGGCUGUCGGAGCCACCACAGCAAAGAGAGUGGCAAAACCUGCCUCGGCCUCGAAGGUAUUGGCUUCAACUUCGACAGAAGCCUUUAGAAAGCCAGAGAGCACUCUGACGACGUUGAAGAGAAAGGGCUCGGCACCGAUGCCGGAACCCCAGGCAAAGAAGAUGAAAAAACACAAGAGGAAGGACACAGGGACUGGAUCCGAACACACAUCGUCCCCUGCGGGUCUACAGACCUAUCGGAGCCCUCGGCGUCAAGCAGCUUCGCUUUCCCCGGCACCGAUGCCAAGUCAAUCUCCUUCAAUGUCGAUGGAAAGAGUGAAGAAGCAAGCCAAAAACAGCUCGGCAUCGAGGCAGACUUCAUCGGAGCCUAUCGAAUUCAGUGUCGACAUCUAGACUGGCUACGACAUUGACAGAGCCAUCGACCUCGAAGGUAGCAUCGACAUCGAGGAUGCCUACAGAGCAGACUGGUGUGAUGGACCUUCAUAAUGAAGAAGGGGAGUUCAAUCUCGACCUCGACGCCAACGUGGGACAGUUCGACACGGUGGCAAUUAUUCAAGACACUGAGAUCGAUCCUGUACUGGACCUGGAAACUGAUUAGCCAUACAACCUGACACCAUUCACUGUGGCAUCCCAGAAGGGGUUCUCCAUCGCAUGCUGCAAUCUGGGGGCACUACCCCCUCAUCCAACACUUUUCAAGGAUUCCAGGACAACACUCUAGUCCCUAAGACACCGCCGGGUACGUGUCCCACCACUCCAACGGCGGGCCUUCUCCCCCAGAGCGGAUGGCAUAAUACUUGCACUGUCUCGCCUGAAGAGUAUUCUCUCUUCCAGCUAUGGCUAAGCUAAAGGGAAUGCCUGAUUUUGCACAAAGAACUGAAAGAAUCAGCAGUGCAGACAACGGCUAACACUACAUUGCAAAGAUCAGUCUCCCUACAAGCUGAUUGCCCAAUGGAACAGGUACGCCCAACCGUCUCAAUGAGAUCUGUCGCUCUACAGAGUGCACAACUUCCUCAGAAAGAACCACCGUCGAGAAGAUCAGUCUCACUUCAGGCGGAUCUACUUAACCACCCAGCCCCCCGCUCCAGUGACUCAAGUGGGUGGCUCUUCACAACUAUGUAGAGAACAUCCUCCUACUUCGCCAAUGCCUUCCUCCUCAAAGGACGAGGACAAUACUGACGCCUACUCAUCGGACACUAAAGAGCCGGAAGCACCUGAAAAGCCUACGCUGCCGGAACCAAGCGAUGAUGUCGCUGCCCUCCCUUCCAUUUUGCGAAAUGAGGAAAUGAAGGGAUAUCACCAACAAAUAGCAGAGAUGGCAAAACUAUUUUCACUCACCCUAAAUUUAAAGACUUCCUUAGAGGAAUAAAUAACUUGUACCCACCUGUGAGAUGACCUGCAGAGAAAUGGAGCCUUUUGCUAGUCCUGGGAGCGCUUACGGAAGGCCCCUUUGAGCCUAUGGCUACUGCAUCGAUAAAAUUGAUAACCUUGAAAACACUUUUCUUAGUGGCGAUAACCACAGCUCGGAGGGUUAGUGAAAUUAGAGCCCUCCAUGUGGAUGAACCACAUACCAUGAUCUACCCGGACCGUGUAAUCAUGUGUUUGGAUCCUGACUUCAGGCCAAAGAUCGUCUCCGACUUCCACCUCAAUACUGAUAUCAUCUUGCAAACUUUCUUUAGAGAUCCAGAGAUGCAGUUGGAUAAAGCUAUGCAUUCUCUGAAUGUGAGAAGAGCUCUUCUUUACUAUCUAAAGGCCACACAUGGGAUCCGGAAGACGAGACUCCUUUUCGUCUGUGAGAAAGGCCAACAUAGAGGUCAACCUCCCUCAUGCCAGAAGUUGGUGUAUUGGUUGGUAGAGCUGAUAAAGAUGGCCUAUGAUCUGCAAAAGGUCACUCCUCCCUCUGUGAUUCGAGCGCACUCCACCAGGGCAUACACCACUUCAGCGGCACACCUGUCAGGCAUCAGAUUCCAGGACAUCUGUUUGGCGGCGACAUGGGCAUCGCACCAGACAUUUGUCAAGCAUUACACCUUGGACAUUAGAAUGGCAGCUGCGGCGGAAUUUGGGCGGGCGGUUUUGAAAAGGAUCCUACCAUAGCUUGAUACACCCACCACCUUUUAGGUAGCUUGUGAUUCACCCAGUCCUUAUGGAUGCCUGGAACCACUAUCCAGAUAAACAGGUUGCUUAUCUGUAACGGAUGAUCUGGUAGUGGUUCCAUACAUUCAUAAGACCCGCCCGUCCAUCCCCGCUGCAUACAAGGACAUACAAAAGCAAGCUACGGAAUCAAGCUAAGUGUCAAUACUUCAUACUUGUGGAGAAAUGGAGCCUUUACUUAGGACCAGUCAUGCGUAAUUGACAAAUUACAAGACUGCAUGCUUAAGACCAGUCAUGCUCAGUCGGCCUAUAUGGCUUAUCACCAAGAAACUGAAGAAGGGGAUGCCUAACCACCACUUAAGGGUACUGCAGUCACGCGCUGCUGGCGGUUAGGCGUCACGAGGAGCUAGAGAAUUCUAUCUGAAGCAUGGUGGGCGCAGAACCCAGUCCUUAUGAAUGUAUGGAACCACUACCAGAUCAUCUGUUACAGGUAAGCAACCUGUUUUUUCCAGUAUAAGGGCUUCAAUUUUCUAGAAUUCACCAAAGAGACAAAAAAAACACCUAUGACAUCACUGACACAAGGAAGGAUAUUCUGUUUUGUUUGCACCUAAUGAUCUUGGAGGAAGAGUUAUGUUUGCAAUGAGAUCCUUGAUCCAUGAUUUAAAUAAAUCCUUGGUUGUGCUAGGUCUUAUCCAGACUAUGUCUUCCUGUGCUCCCAGUUCGUUUUUUUUUAGUAUCAAUCAGGAAUCCAGCAAGCAGUCUAGGGAAAGGUAUGCACUUUUUUCUUUUGGGACCCUUCUGAGGGAAAGAGCCUGGACCUAUAUCAUCAACUCCAGAACUAAAUUAACUCAGAAGGCAAAGCCCCUUGCAAUUCCAUGCACACAUUUUUUUUUCACUUUUCCCCCCUGCCAGGGUGGGGGGGAAAUAGCCACCGGAGGGGGGAACCACUGCUGUCUUCUGUCCUCCCCCAGCUCUGAGUUCUGUCUGGGCUGCCAGGGGGAGCAGCUGGGGGGGAGCCACCGCCACCUCCUGUCAUCCUCUAGCUGCUCCGUCUGCAGCUGCCCGGUGGGGGGGGGGAGAGCUGCCUCCGAUCCUCUCCCUCCCUUUGUUUUCCUCUGGCUGUGAGAUCUGCAGCCA